GCCGCGCUGUUUGGAUUCAAACUGAGCACAAAGCUCUGUCCCGGCCGAGCCGCCGUGUCCGGCCAUGGGCAGCGCGUCGCAGUGGCUGGAGGAGGGCGCGGGGCGCUGGCCGCCGCCGGCYGGGCCGUACAGCGAGGCGCAGCGCCUGGCGCUGGAGGAGCUGGUGGCGGGCGGCCCCGAGGCGCUGCGGGCUUUCCUGCGGCGGGAGCAGCUGCCGCCCUUCCUGUCGGAGCCCGAGGUGCAGGACAUCGCUCGGGCCGCGCUGCCGCCCCCCGCGGGCCCGGAGCCGGCGGCGGAGCCCUCGGCCGGCGCCUCGCUCGACGCCUCUUCGCUCACCUACUUCCCCGAGCGCUCGGACCUGGAGCCGCCGGCGCUGGAGCUGGGCUGGCCGGGCUUCGCCGGCGGCGCCUUCCGCGGGCUGACGCGGGUGGAGGCGCAUUUCCAGCCGGGCUGCGGGGACAGCAUCUACGGCUGCAAGGAGGCGGUGCGGCGGCAGAUCCGCUCGGCGCGACAGGUGAUUGCCCUYGUGAUGGAUUCCUUCACAGACAUCGAGAUCUUCAGUGACCUCCAGGAUGCCUACAACAACCGCCAAGUUCCUGUCUACAUCCUUCUKGACCAGGACUUUCUACCCCAUUUCUUGGAAAUGUGCAACAAUUUGGGGGUUUGUCCUGAGCAGGAGAGUCUGUUGAGAGUUCGAACUCUCACGGGGAGCACGUACUACAUGAGGUCAGGUGCCAAAAUUGUCGGGAAAGCCAAGGAGAAGUUCAUGUUAAUUGAUGGAAUUAGAGUGACAACAGGCUCCUACAGUUUCACAUGGUCRGAUGGGAAGCUGAACAGCAGCAAUUUGCUGGUGUUGUCAGGUCAAGUGGUUGAACACUUUGACCUGCAGUUCAGGAUUCUUUAUGCCCGCUCACUGCCCAUCAGCCCKAAGCGACCGUCCAGCUGCAGGAACAGUGGCAUGUUCGAUCACCUGCUGACCAAAACAGAGUCCUCCAAGGAAUACACUGUGGAAGGCAACCUGAGAGCAGAAUUUGCCAGACUGUCUAGCACUCCAAAGAAAUUGCUAGGAAAACCAAUUCAGGCUGAAUAUGCUCCUGGAGGAAAGCUUUGUAACCUUGGGCAUUCUUGCCUGUGUGAAGAGGAGUCGUUCACCGAUCUAGUGGCCACAGUGGAACGGAAAAGUGCAUCAACUCAAACUGACCCGUGGGCAGAGAUGCCAGCUGUGACCAUGUGUAACGCAGCCACUCAGGCCAGUGCUGCCACAGCAGACACUGGCACUCAGGCUUCUGUCACAGCCAGAGUGACRGGCACUCAGACAUCAAUUCUGCUGAAGACUGCAAUGACACAGACCAAGGAACAGGAGGGCACAGAAACACCCAUCCUUCCCAGAAAGUUCUCAACAGAAGAAUAUUCCCUGUAUGGAAAGGCUGUAUCCAGUUCUAAYCUGCAUCAAUCACUGUCUUCAUCAUCAUCAUCCCAGUGCUCUCUAGCAAGCUCUACAGGCUCAAUAUCUUCUCUCCGGUCCUUCGAAUAUUCCAGCAGUCACAGGGCACARUAUUUCCAAAAACUGCACAAAGAGAGGCAAUGCCACUACUCCACGAUCCGGUCGAAGCUGAGCCACAUGGUGGAUAUCCUGUCCCGGCGGGGCCGUGUCCCUGCGAGCUACAUGAGCCAGUACCCUGGCAGGUGUAACCUAAAGCAGAGGCGGGACAUCAGCGCCAGCCUGCGCAGCCUCCGCGACGCCUCRCUCUUUUCCCUCAAUAAAUGAUUCCUGYCCUGGCCACAGAACACACAAACCCCAGUCUCAACUUGCUGUCACUUUAUAUCUUCAGAUUAUUCCACUUCCGUCCAGCACUUUUGCUUUUUUUAAUAUGCGUGUACAUCACUCUUCAGCACUUUGUUUUAUACUAUGCAAUGUAGGCAAUGGAAAAGAGGUGUUUUAUGGUAACUUCUUACAGGUUCCUCUURUAUGCAUUAGUGGUGAAGGUAAUWUUAAUUCUGGGUAUUUAACCUCAAMCCYRAACUUCUUACUGCUUUCUAGGAUUGCCAAAGCGCUAGUUGUAAUAAUAUAUGGAAACUUGGAAAAAAUCUGAGUCAGACUGAACUCAGUCAAAGCAUCUUUGAAGAUUGAGCUUACAUCAAAGAAUUCUCAAUUCUUUUUCCAAUAUUGGCUUUUAUUUCUACUUUAUCUUUGACAUGAGGGGACUCAGGUUUUAUAAAGAGCUGUAAAGCUGAUUUUAUUCUAACUUCUGUGCUAUAUAUGUUACUCUUCCACUAAAGUUGCGAAGGAUCUGUUGGAGCAGUUGCAGGUUCUUAUCUUCAACUCUAUUCUUUUUCCAUCAUUUAAGCCUUCCGAAACAGACUGAGCUAACUAGAUCUUUAGUUUGAUCACACUCUUGUGCCUUUGAGAUACAUAAAUAUUUAUGUGUUUGUAUAUGUGUGCUUCCUUCUUUGCAGUKAACUUGGAGGUGAGACAACCACUGAGGGCAUGUGAAGCCCCAGCUCAAAAGCAAACUGACAAAUGCACUACGAAAUGUUAUGGGUUAUGUUGGGUAAUGUUAAUUUACAAGUAACUGUAAGAAUUAAAUAAACAUUUUUCUCUUUUUAA